CCGGCGCGGGUGAUGGCUGCCCCUUCCCUCGUGUCCACGUUGGCCACCCGGCUGCUUCGGCCCGCGCAGAGCUGUCGCCUUCGCCAUCGCCCCUUCCACCUCUCGGUAGUUCGAAAUGAAGCUGUUGUCAUUUCUGGAAGGAAACUUGCCCAGCAGAUCAAGCAGGAAGUGCGGCAGGAGGUGGAAGAAUGGGUGGCAUCGGGCAACAAGCGGCCACACCUGAGCGUGGUUCUGGUUGGUGAGAAUCCUGCAAGUCACUCCUAUGUGCUCAACAAAACGAGGGCGGCUGCAGAAGUGGGAAUCAACAGUGAGACAAUUGUGAAACCAGCUUCAAUUUCAGAGGAAGAACUGUUGAAUUUAAUCAAUAAACUAAAUAAUGAUGACAAUGUAGAUGGCCUCCUUGUUCAGCUACCUCUUCCAGAGCACAUGGAUGAGAGAAAGAUCUGCAAUGCUGUUUCUCCAGACAAGGAUGUUGAUGGCUUUCAUGUAAUUAAUGUAGGGCGAAUGUGUUUGGACCAGUAUUCGAUGUUACCAGCUACCCCAUGGGGUGUCUGGGAAAUAAUUAAGCGAACUGGCAUUCCAACCCUGGGGAAGAAUGUGGUUGUGGCUGGAAGGUCAAAAAACGUUGGAAUGCCCAUUGCAAUGCUACUACACACAGAUGGGGCCCACGAACGCCCUGGAGGCGAUGCCACUGUUACAAUAUCUCAUCGAUACACUCCCAAAGAGCAACUGAAGAAACAUACAGUUCUCGCUGACAUUGUGGUGUCUGCUGCAGGCAUUCCAAAUCUGAUCACAGCAGAUAUGAUCAAAGAGGGAGCAGCAGUCAUUGAUGUGGGAAUAAAUAGAAUUCAAGAUCCCAUCACUGCUAAACCCAAGUUGGUUGGAGAUGUGGAUUUUGAAGGCGUCCGAAAGAAAGCUGGUUACAUCACUCCAGUUCCUGGGGGUGUUGGCCCCAUGACAGUGGCGAUGCUAAUGAAGAACACCAUUAUUGCUGCAAAAAAGGUGCUGAGGCUUGAAGAGCGGGAAGUAUUGAAGCCUAAGGAGCGUGGAGUUGCUACUAAUUAACUGUUAUGCCUUCUGUCACAAACAACAGUCCAAGCCAGUUCAAGAGGCAAAACAGACCAAUAGAAAUGCAAUAUUUUUUAUUUAUUUUACCGAAAUGGUUUAAAAUAAUGCUUUGUAUUUAUUGAAAGCUUAAAUGAGUGGGUGUUUGUGCACAGAGCUCUGCAGUAGCUCACCAUGGAGCAUGCCCGUAUCCUGCUGGGUCGUGUGAUCCAGCCAAGAGAAGCCAUUAACCUAGUGAUUAACAUGGAGGACACUGCCACCUUGAGAAUGGUUGCUUACCUUUAUCAAGCCACUUCAGUUAAAAUUUGCCUUUUCUAGGAUUGCAUUUCCCAAGUGCUAUUCCAAUAAGAGUUGAUACUCACUUUAGGUUCCAAACCUUUUGAGUUCAACUGGUCAAACCAAAGGAAAAGUGUUGCUAGAGAAAAUUAGGGAAAAGGUAAAAAGGAAGAAAUGGUAAUUGAGUAGAAAAAAAUUACUCUAAUUUACAUACAUACUGUAUGUAAAAACUACAUGUUAAUGGUGUCCUAAACUGUCAUUUCAUGGUUUAGUCAUUGGGAAAAUGUUUAUAGUGGUUCCAUGUGCUGUUAGUCUUCGUUUUAUGUAUGUUACAUUCAUGAGGUUUCCCCACUUUUUUCUAGGAUUGAAAGGCUUAUUUUAUAGAUUAUUUGUGUGUGUUGUCCAUUUGGCUUUUCCAAUAUCCUUAAACUUUAUUGUUACAUCUUUGUACUGUUGAGGGUGUCUGUAUGGUUUCCUUGGUAUAUCUUGAAACUAUUUUUGAAAAACAAAACUUGGGCUUGAUAAUCAUUAGGGCAGCUUGUAGUAUGCAACUUACUUUUCCACCAAAGACUUGUCAGCAGCUGCCUGCUUUGAUGUAACCUGUUGGCUUCCCCCGAUGGGUUUUUGAGAACUUGAGUUAAUAUUGAAUUUAAUCAGACUUUCUGAUUAAAAGGGUUUUUGUGUG